GCUUCUAAUGUCUAACGUGAUAACGUCAUCUAUGGUGAUAACAUUUGUGUAAGUUCCCCUAGUAGCACAAUUAAGCAAGAUUUUAGAAGGAAUCUGAUCAAAUAAUUAUGACUUCGGCCGUUCUCUACAUAAAUGCAGAACAAGUACGAAAUGUACUCCAUUGGCCUAUGGUAUGCGAGGCUGUUGAAGAGGCCAUGAAGUCAGUUGCGCAUUCUCACGAACACUCAUGCCCAGGAUCCAAUCGCCCCCUAACGAACCAGCCAGCACGGAGCAUGACAUUUUGUGGCAAAAAAUCACAAAUAUUAUUAACAAUGCCAGGAUAUGUAGCCAACUACCGGCUUACCGCCGCGACAAACAAUGGAGCAGCUAAAGAACAUUUUAGUACGCUAGGCUGCAAACUUGUAACAUCAUUUGCGGGAAACACGGUGCGUGACAUUCCAUUACCGAAUAUUAUGGCAAAUAUACUCCUUUUUAAUUCGGAAACUGGAAAAUUAAAUUGUAUUGUUGAUGGCACAGAUAUCACUGCUUGGCGUACAGCAGCUGCUUCCAUUGUGGCCACCAAGUACCUGUAUUUUCUCCGUUAUCCUGAAGGUGUUGUACGGCCAAUUAAGGUGGCAAUUAUUGGUACCGGAGUUCAAGGUGAAAGCCAUGCUCUUGGAAUGUGUUCAUCUUUCACAGUUACCGAUAUUUAUCUUUGGAACCGUACUGCCAGCAAAGCCGAGUCAUUAGCGCAAGAACUGAAAACAAAGGCACCUAAUGCACGGGUUCAUGUAAGCAAGAACGUUGCCGAUGCAGUAAUUAAUGCCGAUGUAAUUUGUGUGGGCACUUAUGCCCAAACGCCUCUAGUUACGCACGAGAUGAUUAAGAAAAAUCAUGUUCACAUCAACUCGGUCGGCGCAGGGCAAGUGCACUUUCAAGAAAUUGGGCCUGAUAUUUACGAUCACGCAAAGGUAUAUAUUGAUUCGUGGGAAAACGCGAAAACAGAGUUGAAAGGUUUGAAAGCUGACAUCAUUGGCGAAGUGGGAGAAGUAAUCAAUUUUGGGAAAUACCCACAGGAGGAUAAAAUAACAGUAUUUCAAUCAAUGGGUAUGGCUGCGGAGGAUGUAACAGUGGCGCAAGCAGUUUUCAAUGCAGCUCAGGAUCGGACAGACUAACAAUAAUAAUGGUUUUAGAGAUUAUUGAAUUUUCGACUCAAAGUAUAUUGCGGAUAUAAAAUAUUAGUGUAUGUAAUAAAAUUUUUUCUAUAAAGAUUUCGUGUACGGACGGACCCUUAUAAAUAUUAAGUCAAAACUUUUGUACAGAUCUACAUUUACUUAUGUAAAAUGAAAACCAUUUUUUAAUACACACUAACUAUAUUAACCCUUACACAUUUUCACACUUAUUCCAAGGGUUGAAUUUUUAGGUUUGGUGUAUUAAAAGACUUAUAGUUUAGACAGAUGGCGGCGUUAAUCGGGAUUAACAAUGUAAUUCGGAAUUAUCUUAGGGAUUAAUGCUUGUUUACAAGUAGACUUAAUUCUCAUAAUUUAAGCGGAUUAGGUGAAUUUUUUGACGGCAACAUUGACGCAAAAUGACCGUUAAUAGCUAUUGUGAAUGAAAAAUAAUUAAACUUUUAUAAAAAAGAACAAGAAAGACUGGAUUCAGUACCAAGGCGAAUUGAAUAUCUAAGGUGGCGUCAUUAAAAACAGUUCUUUAUUUUUAGCGAUUUUGACAAGUCUGACGUCAGAAGCUCCUCUCGCAAUAAAAAACAAAUAAAAGGAGGACAAAUCACAUGUUUGGAAUAAAUUCAGUGAAUGGCUUGGUAAUAUUGUGAUUUGUGAGAUUUAAACUAAACUAAAUAAUAAGAACGAAGUGACAGGUGUGAAAUUGUGAAAGAACGA